AUGGCCCCGCUUACUCGUUCGGCCGCUGGGACAAGCCUUUUCGCCCCGGUGGGUGCUGUCCCGUCGAGUCAACCGGACAUCAUCAAUGUUGAUGACGAUGAACAAUCCGUGGAAGAUGUAUCGAUGAACGGAGACCAACAAUCUUUCGACAGUCAAUCCGAGUCCCAAGGAGAAGACAUGGACGAGGAAAUGGAUGGUGUCAAUGGCGAAAUAGCCUCGGAGACCGGGUCCGAUGUUUCUGCACAUGAAAGCAUUGAACAGCCCAUUUUCGGACUGAGCAACAAGAGCCAAGAUGCUCCGCUAUUCACGGCUGCCGGCGCCCAGGAAGCUCUACACCCCCUUCGCCGGACGGCCGAUCGCGUCACUCGUCAAAUAGAAGCUUUCGCGGACAAGCUCGACCAGUUCAAGCGCCAAAACUCAAGCGACGAAUUCAACAACGCCCAAGCAGCCUACAAGCUCGUGGCGAGUUACCGCGACCUUGCGAACAACGCAAUCAAAGAGAUCGAAAAACAGCAGAUUGUUGACCGCGCCAAGUCAGGCUUCCGCUCGAGCGGAUCGCAGGAAGUCAAAGGCGCCGAGGAAAUCCGACGAUUGCAGCUCGAGUCCGAUACCUGGCGCCUUUUGCUCAACCUGAUCAGCAUCGACGACCCCUCCAGCCGAGCUCGUUACAAGGCCGGGCAGCAGACUGCUUUCCAGGAACUUCACCGCUACUCCGCCGAUCGCGAAAUGUGGGAACAGUUUUUGAACGCUGAUCAGUAUGGUCUUGAGUGUGUGAUCGCUAUGCGCUGGCUGGAAGAAACGUCCAAAACAGGAGACCAAGACAUUGAUGAACUGAUCUCGGAAAUGGAGCGCCAGUCGCAAAGGGGUGAAGGACUGUGGACACAUGGAUGGCUAUAUACCAAAGAAGCGAUCAAGGGUGUCAAGAGACUGCGUGCUUGGCCUCAACCUCUAGAGCCCAAUGAUCCCGGAAUCCAGCGCACGCUUUUGAGUAAGGACGAGCAAAAACCACUGGUCACUCAACUCGACCCCGAUGCCGUCAUUCGACAGAACAAUGUGCUGGAACCCCAAGACAAAUCAUUCGAACUUGCGACCUGGGCCACAUGUUGGAAAAUGCUCCGACAAGGCGAAAGCUGGACCAAGAUUCGCGAAUGGGCCGAAAAUCAUCUGGAAGGGUGGAGAGCUAUCAGCUUGUGCGGAUCUAGCGUGGACCCUAAAUCAGCGAGCACUCAGUAUCCAGCGGACGACGGUCACACGCGCCUGAUGAACAGUCGCGCGCAGGACUCCUGGCGCAGCGCUUGCUCUGCACUCACACGCAACAAGACAGCUGAUGACUUCCAACGUGCAGUCUACGGACUGCUUGCUGGAGAAACUGAGGCUGCCGCGGCCGUCUGCAGUGGGUGGGACGACUAUCUUUAUGUAUUCUUCAACCGUGUCGUGCUCUCGCGCUACCAGGGAUUCUGUCGCCAAUUCCAACGCAAACUCAGUCACUCACCGAACACCCCCGUGACGUUCAAGCCGGAGCCAGCCGGACACGCAGAACUGCAGAAAUACCUGGUUUACCUCAAGGGCAACGAGCGGGUUCGAGGAGAAACGCGCAACCCCUUCCGCAACAUUCAGGCUGCGAUCCUCAGUCAAGGCUACGACUCGUUCUUCCAAGCUCUGGCCCAGGCUGUAUCCCACGUCUCCACCGAGAAAUUCGGCAAGAGCUCCGUUGUUCCUCAGCUUCCGCACAAGCCCGUUGAGGAAUCAUUCUUCAUUGCCGCCGACGAUGAAGAAGCCCUCAAAAUCGCUGCGCACGUCUACGUUGUGGCCAGUGCCAGAGGCUACGCCCGCGCAGAUACCCACUUUAUUGAGACGGCUUCGGUUCUUGUGGCUGGACACAUUGCCAACCUUGAACAGAGAGGCCUAUUCCGUCUCAUUCCUCUUUACGCAUCUCUUCUACCUAUAUCCAUGAGCCACAGCGUUCUCGCCAAGAUUUUCAUUGACAUUGUCGAUCCCAAAGACAAGAUGCAGCAAGUCCGACUUGCGGAAAAGUACGAGAUCGAUGUGAAUACUGUACUAGAUGUUCAAUGGUCGUGGGUCAAGGAGAACGUUUCCGCGAUCGAUCACUCACGAGGAGUCACUGGCUACUCAAGGGUGUACCGACGGAGUGACGGCGUCAAGAACCUGGUCUCUCCGAAGCCCGAUCUCAUCGGCGAUGUCGUGAGCGAGGAAGAUGAUAAGAUGAUUCGCAGCCUGGAAUGGCUUAGAGUCACCGACGGCCAGUGGGACAAGAUUUGCGAACUUGGCACUUGGCUUUACCGGAAAUUCCUGCUUGCCGACAAGCUUGCUGCUUCUCGCGAGCUGAGCUUCCGUAUGCGGUUGGCCGAUAUCUCGAUCGAGAAGUUCGGCUGCGACAUCAUCUCCAUGCCCCCGCAGGACAUCGGAUUCUCCGAGGCGACGACUCCAACCAGCCCGACGAAAUCCAAGAGGAGCAGUCUCCACCGCCGCAGUCUCUCCGGGUCGCACAAUAUUGCACUCAUUGCAGCAUACAACCAGUGCCAGUCGAUGCGUGAUCUGGAGAGCUUGAUUCUGGGCCUCGACUCCGUGGAACAGUUUGCCAUUGUACACGAACAGAGAUCCAAGACCAAACGCCGCCGAGACUCGGGCACCCUCAAGGUCAUGGGACAGGAAUUGGAAGAAUGUGUGAGCGUACUGGAAGAAUGGAUCGGGGCCGUUGCAGACGAAGAAUGGCUGCCCACAUCUCCCGAUGCCGAGGAAGAAGCGGACUUUGUACACAUCCGGAAGACAUAUCUCCCGGAGCUGUUACUCGACUAUCACAACGCGAUGUACUUUGCUAGCUUCUGUCUCGAGAGGAACGACCUGCUCACACAGUGCAUGAUUGUCUCUAUCUGGGUUGCCAACUACGAGCACAUCACCCGCGCCUUCACGCAAGCGAAGCGCAUGGGCGAACUGAUGGAUGCACUGGCAUUGUCGAGCAAGGCCCUUGUCAUUCGGAACACAAACCCAUCCAAAAACUCGAAGGACGAGCGGGCGCGGGAGCUGAGCAUCUGGGAUGUGGAGAUCACGGAGGAGGAAAAGAAACGAAUUGGGCUUACCUCGUCCCUUGACCGACAGCUGUAG